AUGGCGGCAAGGGCAAUUUUCCAUGGCGGGUUGGGACUGGCUGACCUGAGCCUCCAUGAAAUUCCAGGAGAGUGGAGGAAGGCCAUUGCAGAUGGCUGUGAUUGGAAAGUCAUCAAGGCAGUUGUUUGGAAGGAGUUCCCGCAGCUCCUGGACCUGGUGUGCCAGAGUGGAAACACAAACCAAAGCAUAUCCAAACAGGAGGAUGAGCUCCAGCUCAUCAACAAGGUGAAGCAGGCCAUCACCUCCUGGCCAGGCGCCAGUGCUCCGAAGUGGCAGGACGUCUCUGCCACUGUUCUGCGGAGCAGACCAAAGUGCGGCCCCUGUGCUCCGUCCAUCUUCGCCUUUGUAGUGAGAUUUGGUGGCUCCAGCAAGAUGUUGGCGGACACACAAGCCUACGCCAGAACGUGUGGAAAGGGGGGCCGGGAGCUUGGCCAGGAAACUUGGGCCAUACUAUCCCAAGAGAUGAAGAGCUUCCCCGACCACCUCCGUUGGAGACACGCGCUGCUGAAGUAUGCAUACAGUGGGGUCAUGCCGAUCACAGCCACGGAUGCCAAACGAGCGAUGACAAACAAGGAGGUCGUGCAGAAGGCAUCGUGCGCAAUGAAGCUGCUCGACCAGUGGGCCGCAGUGACAGAACCCUACGCCAACGACGAGACCAAGCAGUUGGUGUUCCAGCCCCGACAGGUGUUGCAGGAUUUUGCCAACGAAAUUGGUGUCGCGCUGGCGACGCCAAGCCAAUGGGGCCAGACUCAGAAGAAGCCGUCUCCCAAGCAGCCGCCUUCCACCAACACCAUCUUGAGAGAAUACAACGACAAAGGUGUGCUGACAAACGCUCCAGCAGUCAUGGCUUCGAUGGGCUUUGCUGUGGGCUCUCAGGUGCAGCGCGGCAGCACUGUGGCGAAGAUCGACCGUGUCCAAGGUGAUGAGGUGCGCUUGACCGUGGAGGACAGCAAGGUAUUUGUGUCCGCUGCAUCGUUCAUCGCCAACGAGUGGAAGCAGUACAGUGAGCCAAAGCCGCAGCUGGAGGUGACGUGGCUGCAGCACUCCCCACCUUCGAGCUUGGACUUCCAACAUUGUCUGGUGAAGGGCAAAGUGUUCGAGGCUAUGGCAAAGCAGUGCGCGAAGUUGCAAGGCUGGGAUACUCUGCAGCUCUUUGCAAACCCGAAGGCUGUCAAAGUUGCGCAGAGUUGGCCUCCCAAGAAGCUCCACUUGCCGUGCGCCAGUACUCGCAUCUGGCUGAUUGAGGCAAGCAAGACCACGGCAGACCAGUUGCCCAUUGGAACAUUUGAGAACUACAUGGUGGUCAUUGGCAGCUGUUCCAAGACUGGCGCCGCGCCGAUGGCUUCCAGAACCCUUUCUGGCUAG